CUACAGAAUCCCUCAGCAAAGAGACACAGAGAGGAGAUCGGACACCACUAUGACAAGGGUAGUCAAACUAUGGCUGCAACUGAAGUACUGAAAUGAACUCUCUUCUCCCUCUCCCAAAAUCAUGGAGAACCAGAACGCAGUGUCCGAAAACCUCCCAAAGCUGUUGAUUCUACGCCCACCCCAUAUCAUCAACCUUUUCGAAGAUCAAUUCUCGGACAAAUUCCAACUCCUCAAGCCAUGGGAAUCCCCCAUCCCCACCGACCAGUUCCUCGCCGCUCACUGCGCCUCCGUCGAAGCCAUGCUGAUUUCCGGCCUCACUCCGAUCACCGCCGACGUCCUCCGCCUCCUCCCUUUGCUCCGGCUUAUCUGCACCACCAGCGCCGGCCUCAAUCACAUCGACUUGCCUGAGUGCCGCCGCCGGGGAGUCUCCAUCGCUAGCGCCGGCUCCGCGUACUCCGAGGACGUCGCGGAUUUGGCGGUCGGACUGUUGAUUGAUGUGUUGAGGAGAGUUAGCGCUGCUAAUCGGUUUGUGCGUGAUGGGGUUUGGCCAAUCAAAGGAGAUUACCCUCUCGGUUCUAAGUUGGGAGGCAAGCGAGUUGGGAUCAUUGGAUUAGGAAGCAUUGGCUUCUUAGUUGCAAAGAGACUUGAGGCCCUUGGCUGCUCUAUUUCAUACAACUCAAGGAAGAAGAAACCAUCUGUUCCUUUUCCGUUUUACGACAAUGUUUGUGACCUUGCAACUAAUUGUGACGUUCUAGUCCUUUGCUGUGCAUUGACUGACCAAACCCGCCACAUGAUUAACAAGGAAGUCUUGUUGGCAUUGGGAAAGGAAGGAGUCAUCAUCAAUAUUGCUCGGGGGGCUGUUAUUGAUGAGAAAGAAUUAGUGCGGUGUUUGGUGGAAGGAGAAAUUGCAGGAGCUGGUUUGGAUGUGUUUGAGAAUGAGCCACAGGUUCCUCCGGAGCUCUUUGCAUUAGAUAAUGUUGUCAUGUCACCACAUCGAGCUGUGUUCACAGAGGAAUCGCUUUGGGAUUUAUGUCAACUUAUGUUAGGGAACCUGGAAGCGUUCUUCUCAAACAAACCUUUACUGUCUCCUGUUGUGGAUGAAUGAGUGCGUGGAUUUUAUGAACCAAUCGCAGGUUCGUUAUCACACCUUCUUGAAGAAUGUUGGCUGAUGCUCUAUUAAGUCUUCACAUAUAAGAUCUCGUUGUCUAGGGUUUUGGAUGACAGUGUGGAUCGUCUAGGGUUUUGGAUGAGUUGUUUGACUUGGAUUUAGUUUUUGUUGGUUUGCAUCUCAUAAAAUGUAAGAAUUCAAAGUUUAGACUAAGAUUCUUUUCGAAUAAUCCUCUUUUCAUUCUGAUAAUGAAUCAGCUAAAUACUGUAAAUAAAAGGCCUAAACUAGCACACUGUUUUUCCUAAUAUUCGGAAAACCAUGUCUACGUGCAUGCAGGACGAAAAGAUGGCUGCAAUGGUUCCUGAUGAAAGGAGGACUGGAUGAAAAUCUUUUGACUCCUGUAUAUGAAGCAAUGUUUCUGAUGUCUCUGUCGAGUAAUUUACAAGGCAGAGUCUAUUUAUAAGUUAUAUUGAAUGAAUCUAAUUGUGUGUCAAAAUAAUCUGAUUACGGACGGAUCCUUAUUCAUGUUGGUGAACAGUAAAAGAUGAUGUAGCAUUGUUCAUGGAAAGGUUUUGGUUUAUACUA